AUGGGCACAAUGUUUGAGCUGCCAUUUUGGAAGCUUCAGCGUUACAGAAUCAUGAUUUUGACAAUCUUUAUGAAUAUCACGGGAUACAUGAUUCGCUUCGCCAUCGACGUGGCGAUUCUAGACAUGGUCGAUGAUCAGAAACGUCAUCAUCAAAAUUCCUCCAGCUGUUCCAAUUCUUCCCUGUUUUCUCCAAUCAGCGAGGGGCAAUUUCCUCUCGGCAAAAACCAUUCUUCGCCAAAAUACCACUGGACGGAGGAGCAACAAAGCAUGAUCAUCGAAGUCUUUUUCUACGGAUACACCCUUUCUGUCGGCAUCGGAGGCUUGUUCGCGGAUGUUCUCGGCGCAAGAUUUUUGGUUGGAUGCAGCGUUUUGCUUUCCGGCCUCUUGGGCAUCUUUUAUGAGCUUUUUGCUAGCUGGGGAUUCGAGUGGCUCUGCGUUUUGAGAUUUUUUCAGGGACUGCUUCAAGCUGGAAUGUUUCCACCGCAAACAUCGAUGUGGGGCCGCUGGGCUCCAGAAAACGAGCGAACAAUCAUCGUUGGCGGUUCCAAUGCUGCUGCUAUUUUCGGCGUCUCCAUGUCGAAUAUCCUGACUUCUGCGAUUUGCGAAAGCCUCGGCUGGCCCUAUGCUUUUUACAUUUUCGGGAGCUUUGGGGUUCUUUUCGGAUCAAUUUGGAUUCUUUACUUUCGAAAUACACCCGAAGAAAUGCCCUGGUGCCAAAUUGAAGAAAAAGAGUACAUCAAAGCGAAUACGACGGCCUCCGCAAGAAUCGAAAUCAAGGAAAUACCGUUCAAGAAGAUUUUUUCUUCGUUUGUUUUCUGGGUCGCUUGCAUAGCAAAUUUGGCGAAUUCGAUCAUUUUCUUUACGAUAACAGACAAACUACCAGAAUACCUUCAGAAAGUUCACCACUACAACCUCCUCGCCGACGGUUUUCUCAGCGCCCUUCCCUUCAUUUGCUACCUGGUUGUUACUUUCGUUUCGUCAGCUCUCCUCGAUUUCGCUCGAUCGAAAAACAUUCUGAGCAUCACAAAUUUAAGAAAAAUAGCAGCGAUUUUGGCACUCGUUCCUGCGGGCAUUUGCUUUUUCGUCAUCUCGCCAAUGGGUUGUGAUUCCGGGGCGAUCGUUGCGCUUAUGUGCGUGAUAAUGGGAUUCAAUGGGUUUUCCACGACCUCGUUUUUGCCCUCCUUGAUUGAUAUGUCGCCUAGCUAUGCGGGUAUUCUUCAUGGCAUCCAAGACACAUGCUUUUCCGCGUUUGGUUUUAUCACCCCGAUUUUCAUCCAAAAAUGCGUCGGAGAAAACCCUUACCUCAUUUCGUCCUGGAAUACGGUCUGGAUCAUUAAUGGAGCUCUCGCCUUUGUGUCUGCUGUCUUUUACGGGGCUUUCGCGACAAGUGAGAGGCAAGAUUGGGACUUGAAAAAGGAGGAAAAGAUGGCAAAAAAUGAAAAAGAAGGAGAGAUUAAAACUGAGGUCAUGACUUUGGAUCAACGAUGUGAUGAAGCCCUCGCCAUUCUUGAUCAGGUUCAGGGCUCAUUGCCGGUUUUGCAACAAGUUUUUGAUGAGAACAAACUUCUUCGAUUGCAGCUGAAGGAGAAACAAGCUGAGAUCGAACGGCUGCGUGGAAAAAUCAGGCGACUCGAAAACGCCCAAAUCAGCAUCAGUGAUGACAGCGAGUGA